CGCAACGCGUUUCGGUCUCCGCUGUCAGUCUGCAGAUCAGAGCUCAGAGAAACGGCGCUGGGAUUCAAACCGCACACUGAAGGAAGCUGCUUUUUUGUAUUUGACGCUUUGUUUUGAAAGGGAAGUGAGAUUAUCUGGAUUGAGCAGUCAUGUCCAGGAGGAAACAGAGUAACCCACGGCAGUUCAGACGCCCAGCUAUCACAGGAGCGUUUGAGAAUGGACAAACGGAGUCAGAGGACAGAGAGAGCGAAGAGAAAGACAUCUUGAAAGAUGUAGAAACGACUGUAGACCAAGAAGCACAGGUCCCUUUAGACUCUGAAAACUUUCACAUUAAAAAUGAGGACGAUUCCAGUGCAGGGGAUGUGGGUGGAAGUCUGGAAACACAGAAGGAAGUCAGUGAAGGACAUAAUGGGAAAAACCCAAGCAGCCCGACUGCGUCAGAGGAGUGGGACGGCCCGAGAGAGCUGGAGAUGGUCAGCAUCGGAGCCGAGAAAGGCGUUCGUUCCCGUCAGGCGCUUCCUCCAGGCACCACAUGGGGACCAUUCGCUGGGAAAAUAGAAAGAUCCACAGGAGGAAAUGACAUCGUACCGUUGGUUCUGACUGGAGGUCCACGAUGGCUGAUGAAUGUGACGUGGGUCAGCGCAGAGGACUCAAAGAAUAACUGUGUGGUUUACAGUAAAGGAGGACAUGUGUGGUGCUCGACCACGAGAAGUGUUAUUGAGGGAGAAGAACUCGCAGUGUGUGUGGUGGAUGUUUCCUCAAGACUAUCGUCCAUCCAGCUCCUUCCUCAACAAGCCGCCAUGGCGUCCAUUCUCCCCAACGCUAUCAUCAACAAAGACAUUUUCCCCUGUAAGACGUGUGGGAUCUGGUUCAGGAGUGAGAGGAACCUCCAAGCUCACCUCAUGUACUACUGCGGAGGACGGCCGAGGGAAAGUGAGCUGGCUUCAGAGAAGCAGACCAACACGAACCCUCAGAUAUCCCGUACCUGCACUUACCCACAAUGCAACAUGAGCUUCCUGGGUCUACAGGCUCUAAAAAUGCACCUGUCUACACAUUCUGCUUUCAAGACUGAGGAGACAUCUCCUGGAAGCAGUUUGAAAUGCACGAUUUGUGACUACACGGCUGACACCCUGAUGGUCCUGCAGCCCCACAUCCUCACUCACCUGUCUCAAACAGGACUCCGGUGCACUCAGUGCCACUUCACCUUCCAAACACCUCAAGAUCUAUCAAAACACCAGGAGCUGCACAGACACGGUGGUCUGGAUGACACAUCUAUUAAAGAGAAUCAAACUGAGCACUCAGAGUCCAUUGGUGUCGCAAGUCCGAAGGAUAAUAAAAGCAUCAUAGAAAGUCCAGUUCAUCAAAACACGGAGCAAGAGAACAGUGAACAAGUGCAGGGAGCUACCAAGGCUGAAGUAGGGUCUGGAAUCAAAGCUGGUGUUUCGUACAGUAGAAUAAAAUCAGAGCCCUCCAGCCCUCGUUUGGCUUCUUCUCCAAUUCAGAAUCACAUGACCCCAGCGUUUCCCAUGCCACCCUUCCUGCCCCAUGUGCCAUUCUCACAGGAUAUACCCGCAGUCCCACAGGCUUCUGAAAUACUGGCUAAAAUGUCAGAGCUGGUCCAUCGCAGGCUACGUCACGGAGGCACCAACUUCCCCCCAGUGAUGUAUGGCGCACUGGUUCCAAAAGGAGCAACGUGCUUCGAAUGCAACAUUUCAUUUAGCAACCUUGAUAAUUAUUUAGUGCACAAGAAGCAUUACUGUAACGGUCGCUGGCAGCACAUGAGCAAAUCUCAUGAUUACAGCAUUUUGGACAAAGCCUCAGUGAGUCCUAAAACCGGGGGUGGUUUAGCUAGCAUGCUGAAUGCUGGCCACUCGUUUGAGGUUAAAGGUCAUAAUCCCACUCAGUUCAACACUUCUCUAGUUGAGCCUUUCAGUGCGGGAGGAAAAGCACCUGAGGAAUUUCCAGUGAACGGUAAAAAAGCGCCGACUCCAUGCGAUGCGGAGGAAAGUCCGAACGGUAUCAUGUUAGACUCGAAGAGUCCAAAAAUGUCAGAGAGUGAGCUGGACCACAAUCAAACAACGUGUGACGCUUGUAAGAUCACGUUCAGUCGACAUGAGAACUACGUGGUGCACAAGCAAUACUAUUGCGCCUCCCGUCAUGAUCCGCCCGCAAAACGAGCAGCGAACAACAAACACGUUCAGAAAUCCUUUCGUACCCGAAAGAGAAGAAAGAUGCCAAGUCCUGAUCCAGUGGUGUCUCAAUCCUAUCCUAUCAGUAGUUCCUAUAUGUCCCAGGAUACAGUAGAGAGUCUCAAGGACCAGCUUCAUCACCGGUACAACAUGAUCCAGGGUUUGGUUCCAAAGCAUCCUGAACCUUCCUUGACAGUAACAAAAUCAGCUCUAGUUUCAAAGUGCAAUGCAAUAGCUCAAGAGGAAGGUGAUGCACCAAUAGAUCUGAGUAAAAAAUGCACAGUGCAGUUGGGUAAAGUUUCAGGACUUAUGGACUAUCACGAAUGCGCAGUGUGUAAAAUUAGCUUCAACAAAGUGGAAGACUACCUAAGCCACAAGCAGAACUUCUGCCCAGGUGCAGUCUUGGAGAACAAAGCGCCAAACAGAAAGGAAGAAGGUUCCAGAAAUGCAAAUGCCUCUGAUAGUUUCAGUAUUGAGCAUUCGGUUCAAAGUGUCAAUACUUCUGCAUCUGCUGAAAAGCAACCGUCCAUAAAGGAUGAACACAGCAUGAUGAAUUCUGAUAACUAUCCAGGUGGUGCUAAGAAAAUCAGAGCAGAUGAACAGAUCUGGCCGUACUAUGAGAUUAAACCUGCUGACUACGCCACAGGGAUUUUCGUUCCACAAAAUGAGAGGAGGCAAAGCCCAAACGAGGGCACUGAAGGUGAAAAAGAGCAACCCAUGCCAGACGGCAGCCAUGUUGGCUCUGAAAAUAUGGAGAACCCGAAAAUAAAGUCUUUAAACUCCAGCCUCCAGGGCGACGACAAGCAAGGACACGAAUCUUGCAGCACUUCAACCCCAAACAUCCACUUCACGGCUUGUACCCCGGAUCAAGAGGGUGCCAUAAAACCUAAAGAGAGCAUCUCUUCUUCACCAGCCUCCAAAAUGGAGGAGAUCUCGAGCUUGAAAAGGAGUACAAACGGAUCGAUCUCGGCAGCGGUUAACGGCAAAUACUGUCGUCCCUGCGACAUCCAGUUCAACAACCUGUCAAACUUUAUAACACACAAAAAGUUUUAUUGCUCAGCACACACUACUGAGCAUGUGAAAUGAGACCUUGAUACUGCGUCUCAACCGUUUAUACGACAGCAAAAGGACAAUCAAAUCAGGAGAUUUUAUCUUCCAGUGGUUUAAUAGUGAAUAUAUUUGUUGUGUGUGGUAUUUUUGCCUCUUUGUGACGUAUUUAUUUAUUUAUUUAAAAAAAAAAAAAUCAAGCGCUGAACUAAACCCGGCUUUACACUGUACAAUUUUUGGCCAAUUUUGCUGUCGGUUUUACAUCAUAAAAAAAUUCUGUGGUUGUAAGUUGAGAUCAGCGGCCUUCUAACGCAUAGUGUGACAUGGUCAGAUCUCAGACUUACUUUGAAAAAUGUUUGUGUUUAUGUGUUUGUGUUUAUAAUCUUACACUGCGAACACACAGCCUGUUAUAGAAUUCGGCAAAGAUUUUAUAGUGAUCAUCUCAUACAGUGUGACAAGUAAUAAUCUCAAAAUAUGGCUGAUUAUGUGCAGUGCAAAACCAGUUUUAUACAGUUGAGAUAAGAAAAAUUAAUAAACAAUAAUUUUGACAAUAGCACAAAACUCACACCAGGGCUGCUCAUUUAGCCUGUUUGGGAAUUUUAUUAAAAAGCAGACAUUUAAAUGUUAAAGAUGUUUUUUGCAACAAAUAAUGGCAUAAUUAUUAACAUUCAAUAGAUUCUAGUUUGUCUUUGAUGUUUUUACAAUUAUUUACACUUCAGUAUGUUAAUUCCUUUUGGAUUAUAUUUUGCUUAUGCGGAAAAAAAAAGUACUUAUACGUGUUUGCUAGUUCUCUGUUUUCUGUCUCUUUUUGAAACUUGGAUCCUAAUGCAAUACUUUUUAGAAAAUGGAUCAUUAGCAGUAUUAUAAAUCAAGGACUGUUUUUUUUUUUUUUUUUUUUGUUACUCCGACCCCAGGAAUUGUCUGUUGAAAUGUUUCCUCGUCUUGCUGAAGAUGAUGGAAAGAGGAUUUACACUUGAAACUUUGGACUGAAUUUCAUCUUUUCAUCUUGACAAUAGGAAAAUAAUGUCGUCAAAAAAAAAGUGUUACUAUGCAUGUACCUGUAACGGAAUGAAAUUCCAGAUGUUUGAUCUUCUGAUUUUAUGUGGCAUCUCGAUUAAAUUUCUAAUCUCAGGACUGGG